GCUGAACAAAGCUCAGGCUCAAUUGUGUUUCCUGCUUGCCAGCCUCUUGACUCCCAAGCGCGUACCAUUUCCACUUGAUGUCAUCACGCAGAAGGGGGUGAAAGGGACUCGGUGACAGAUUCAGAAACGAAGUCCUGGAUGCCCGUGAGCCCCUGACAGCCUCAAGGCUUGGGAAAGAAGGCAGGCAGGAAGGGGGCUGAGCACAAGCUCCCCGGCGCCUUGGCCUUUGCACUCUUGAGCCGUGAUGGAGACCCUCUCCCAAGAUUCUUUGCUGGAAUGUCAGAUCUGUUUCAAUUACUACAGCCCCCGGCGAAGGCCCAAGUUGCUGGAUUGCAAACACACCUGCUGCUCGGUGUGCCUGCAGCAGAUGAGGACAAGCCAGAAGGAUGUGCGAUGCCCCUGGUGCCGGGGCAUCACCAAGCUGCCCCCGGGCUUCUCCGUGUCGCAGCUCCCCGAUGACCCCGAGGUCCUCUCUGUCAUCGCCAUCCCUCACGCCUCCGAACACACCCCCGUCUUCAUCAAACUUCCCAGCAAUGGGUGCUACAUGCUGCCUCUGCCUGUGUCCAAGGAGCGCGCGCUGCUGCCUGGGGACAUGGGUUGCCGCCUGCUGCCCGGGAGCCAGCAGAAGUCCGUCACCGUGGUGACCAUUCCUGCCGAACAGCAGCCUCUGCAAGGCGGGGCGCCCCCGGAAGCGGCGGCCGAGGAGCCAGACAGGCGGGGCGUGGUGAAAAGCUCCACCUGGUCUGGGGUGUGCACUGUGAUCCUGGUGGCCUGCGUGCUCGUCUUCCUCCUGGGCAUCGUGCUGCACAACAUGUCCUGCAUUUCUAAGCGCUUCACUGUGAUAUCCUGUGGCUGAAGGGCGCUGCAGGGAAGUCUCGUGUGGGUACCAACUAGGGGUUGAGCAGGUGAUGGUGGUGGUGAUGGAUCGCAGUGAGACAUGGGGGUGGGGAGAGACAGAUCAUUUGGUGCCAGGCACUGCCUCCGGGCUGUCACUUGAUUCACCUGCAGGCAGACACGGAGGGCAGAGUGGAGAGUCUCAGCAGGACACCAGGCAAGUCCCUCUGAGUGUUGAUGGCCACGGCUUCGAAGAUGAUUGCAUGCAUCCUCAUAAUCAUGUAUUAAAUGGACUGUACUUUAUGAUUUUUCAAAGUCACGUGACGAGAUAGACAUAUUCUACUUAGAUGUUAAACUGUGCAAGUGCAUACAAUGUGAUCUCUCAAUGUGGUAGAUUAAAACAAAGAUGCUGUGUAUACAAGUAGAAUUAAACCUGAGAAUCCAUGUACAGAUUCAGCAAAGACAUGCUGUGCCGUGUCUUUUCUUUUUUACAAUAAAAUCCCGUCUUCACUUAGUUGCUAAGGCUUUUUAUACUUUUUGAAUGGCACCCAAGU